CCAAUCCACACGUUCCUCCUAAUAUACCCAGGUUAGGCGCAUCACUCGCGACCUAGUUUUAACUCAGCUAACAACGCGUGCGUAAAGGCGCGGUUAUUCCUGCAGCGAGAGUCAUGUUUUACAAAGUCAAAAGUCAGCCGUUCGUACGCAGAUAAAUACGCGUUGGGCAGACUCGUGUGUCAAGUGCAAUUUGCGCGUGGUGUGUGCAUAUCGCGAAUCGGCGUUGCCCGAUAAGGCCAUACGUGUAACGUAAGUCGUUGAUAAAAGAAGAUAAUAGCGCGGCAGGUCUGAAUCGUCAGUUAUCACUGCGAUGGCGAACGACACACCAGAUGUCGAUAUUCAGGACGGCAAGUUGCUCCGGGUCACGUGGCAGGGACUGUGCGAUUUACGUUUACAAAAUAAAAGGAUAACCUCGAUAUCGAAGUGCGUUUUUGAAAAGGCACCGAGUGACUUGGGCUGCAUCGACCUACGUGAUAACCGUCUCAAGGAAGUGCCAGACUUUGGAAAUGCUCGUAGCGCGAAUACCUUGCUCCUGUCCAGGAACGAGAUAGCCAGCAUCAGCAGGGAGUCCUUUGAGUCUCUGCCAAAUCUUCAGGAGAUAAGACUGACGAAAAAUUGUCUCGAGGAAUUGGGAAGUCGGAUCUUUGCUGAUCUUACUUAUCUCUACACACUGAACUUGUCUUACAAUGAUAUAUCGAGUAUAGCCAAUGACGCGUUCGCGGGUUUGCACUUUCUCAAACAUCUGGACCUAAGUCACAACAGCAUCCCUGCGCUUCCCGAUUACGUAUUCGCUGAUCUUAGGUCAUUGGAGACGCUUAUAUUGUCUUGCAACGUUAUUUCUGAGAUCAAUAAAAAUAACUUUCGCGCUCUCGAUCAGCUUCUCGAACUCGAUCUUCAUCUUAUCAGUAUCACGGAACUGCGCGACGAUAUUUUUAUUGAUUUAUGUAAUUUAAAGAAGCUCACGCUCUCGUGGGGAAAACUGUACACCAUAUCGUCAAAUGCAUUUUGCGGAUUGGAGAGUCUCGAAGUGUUGGAGCUGAACAGGAACCUCUUGACCGCUAUAUCCGGUGGUCUCUUUCGUCAUCUGACCAACCUCAAACGACUUGUAUUACCAUAUAACGACAUCACGGAUAUCGAUCAAACGGCUUUCGAGGGUUUGACGAGUCUAAGGGAAUUGAAUUUAAGUCGUAAUCAAAUAUCGUACCUGUCCGACGGUGUAUUCUCGAAAAUACCAACACUUACCCACCUCAAUCUCUCCUGGAAUCGACUAUCGGAUGUCCUGACACCUGAGAUCUUUCAGGGGUUAGAUAACUUGGAGGAGCUCGAACUCUGUCGUAAUGGCGUCGCUACCCUGGAAAAGGGAUUGUUCUCGAAGUUGCCAAAAUUAGUCACCUUGAAUCUAUCGAACAACUGUAUUGCUACCAUAGAGCCAGGUGCCUUCGACAAUCUGAAGAAUCUUAAGGAACUCAAACUCAGUUGGAACUAUCUCGAGACACUUCCUGAGGAUGGUUUUCAAGAUCUUUCGUCUCUGGAGAAACUCAGCCUCUCUUACAACAAGAUCGCUGACCUCACGCCCGAGAUGUUCGCAGGCAUAGCUAAUAUCAAGGAAUUAGACUUGUAUAAAAAUCGAUUAGAAAUGCUGCCCGAUGACGUAUCCCGUGUACUGAUUCAUUUGGAAAAAUUGAAAAUAACGUGAUUAAAGACAAAAGUGCGUAUUAACGUUUACCAGUGAAAGAAAUCAUUACCCAAGAGACAAUAGAGACUGAACCAUAUCUUCAUUAUGACAAAAAUAACAUUAAUUCGUAAUCGACUAAGACUCGCAUAUUUCCUCAUAUCGUACCGCCUGAUCAAAUCCAACGAAUCCCUUCAUCUUAAAAUUCCUCAAAGUCCAGCCUAAUCAGACUGUAUCAAGUACAAUUUAUCUUAAACAUCCGCAUAAGUCUAUAAGCCACGGUUAAUUAGUGUCGCCUGACCAAAAUAAUUUUUACGAAAAAAAAAAGGGAGAGAAAAAAAUAAAAAAUUAUGACAAUGAUUUUUAUUAAAA